UCUCUUCCGCACCUUCUUCAAACCUUAUCCGCGAUAUGGCCAUUUCCAGUUGCUCAGACUGGCCUUUAGCUCGCAUCAACUCUUGCAGAUCGAAUUCGCACAGAUUAAGUUUCAUCCCGACAUGCAAAAUCCUUUCCUUUCUCUCAAUUUCAUGCUCAAAAUUCCAAAAUUUUCAUGUCAACUCCUCCGGUUGCUCGCCGUCUCCCAUAUUAGAAGAGGCUUCCGGCAGCUUGCCGGUCGUCGAGUUGAACGUAGAGUUUCCAGAUUCCGAACAAUGCACCAUACCCAACAAUCUAAAUGAUCUUUUACGUGGGUUAUUUCGAGAUCCCCAAACUGAGGAACUCGCUUACGAAUACUAUGAAAAAGUGAAACAACGGCCAGAAUUUAGACCGGACAAAUCGACGUUAAAGCAUGUAAUCAGGUAUUUGUUAGGUUCGAAGAAAUGGGAUGCGAUUUUACCACUUUGUAAAGAUUUUAAGAAUUAUGAUGUGUUCCCUGACGGUUCCACUUGUUCUAAAUUGGUUAGCAGUUGCAUUAGAGCUAGAAAAUUCAAAAUUGCUGAGGCUUUGCUUGAAGUUUUUAAAUCUAAUAGGGAAAUCAGUAUGCUGAGCUUUGGAUCUGCAAUGAGAGGCUAUAACAAGCUUCACAUGUAUAGAAGCACGAUUGUAGCAUUUAGGAAAAUGAAAUCUGCUGGAGUUGUUCCGAAUUCCGAAUGUUAUUCCCAUAUCAUGGAUGCUUAUAGCAAAAUGGGUGAUUGUGAGAAAUUGGUUCAACUGUUUAGUGAGCUUAAAAGGAGACAUGAACUAGAUUUGUAUUCAUCACCCUUUUGCACUCGGAUAUAUGGGAUUCUUUGCGAGUCACUAGCCAAAUCAGGGAGAGCUUUUGAAGCUGUUGAAUACUUGAGAGAAAUGACAGAGAAAGGGAUAUCCAAGGAUUCUUGGCUUUACUCUUCUUUGAUAUGUUGUUUGGCAAGCAUGCGACAAGUAAAGGUGGCGGAAGAGAUGUACGAAGAAGCAAAAAGGAAAAAGAUGGUGAUGAGAGAUCCUGGGGUGUACUUAAAGCUUGUGUUGAUGUACGUGGAAGAAGGGCUUGUGGAGAAGACUCUUGAGAUUGUUGAAGCGAUGAAAGGGUCAAGACUUAGGAUAUCUGACUGCAUAUUCUGUGCAAUUGUGAAUGGGUUCGCGAAGAAGAGAGGGUUUCUGGCUUCAGUUAAGGUGUAUGAAGAGCUAGUAUUGCAGGGAUGUGAAGCAGGGCAAGUUACGUACUCAUCGAUCAUAAACGCCUACAGUAAUCUGGGGCUAUAUGGGAAAGCAGAGACGGUAUUUUCAGAGAUGAAAGAAAAGGGGUUUGAUAGAUGUGUGGUGGCGUAUUCGAGCAUUAUUGUCAUGUAUGGGAAAACGGGGAGGACUAGAGAUGCAAUGAGGGUAUUGGCGAAGAUGAAAGAAAGAGGGUGUGAACCGAAUGUAUGGAUUUACAACUCAUUGAUGGAAAUGCAUGGCAGGACCAAGAAUAUAAGGCAGGUUGACAAGUUAUGGAAGGAAAUGAAGAGAAGAAAGGUUGCUCCUGAUAAGGUUAGUUACACUAGUGUUAUUAGUGCUUAUAGUAAGGCGGGGGAGCUGGAGACGUGUCUGAGGUACUACAAUGAGUUUAGGAUCAAUGGGGGUGUAAUUGACAGGGCCAUGGCCGGAAUAAUGGUCGGAGUUUUCUCCCGGAGUAGUCGGAUCGAUGAGUUGGUGAAGCUUUUGGGGGAUUUGAAAUCUGAAGGAACGCGAUUAGAUGGGAGGCUUUAUCAUUCAGCUUUAGAUGCCUUUAGGGAUGCUGGUUUGCAAGGGCAAGCCCGGUGGCUGCUGGAGGGCUUUGCCACCAUGUACUUGAAUUCAGGCACAUCACCUAAAUAACCAAUUUCUUCUUCUUCAUUCUUAAUUAAUGUAUCAUAAUAUAUAUAUA